GAUACCCUCUGAAAGCUUGUGCACAGCUAACUCUAGUGUGCUAGGACUAUACAGGUCCAUCAUGUCUAAUAGUGGGAAGAAACUGACGCAGAAGCUAAAGAAGAACCUGCCAGUGACUGGCCCACAAGCGCCGACUCUGUACGAGUUGAUGCAAUGGUAUUGCCUGAAUACGAACACCCAUGGGUGCCGGAGGAUCGUGGUAUCCAAGGGACGGCUGCGUAGGUGGAUAUGGAUUGUGCUGACCCUGAUUGCUGUGGCGCUAAUCUUCUGGCAGUGCGCUCUGCUACUAAUGACCUACUACAGCAUUAGUGCUUCCAUCACCGUCACCUUCCAGAAACUGGUGUACCCCGCAGUCACCAUCUGUAACCUGAACCCCUACAGUUACAGUAAAAUAAAAGAUCGAUUGGCCACACUUGAAAAGACAACUAACCAGACCCUUAAAAAAAUUUAUGGAUUCACUGAGCCGUUGAUUCGCAGCAAGCGCGAUUUGGACAUCAAUGAUGAGAACUCUACAGAGGACAUAUUCCUGAAACAAAUUCCCCUCUUUCGACUGGAAAGUAUCAAAGGUAACCAGCUGGUUGUAAGUGACCUUAAAACCAAAAAGAGGACUCAGAUGAGUGGCAAGGUCAUACAGAGAGAUGCUGGAUCAGUGCAAGAUUCUGGCAACAUGGUGGGAUUCAAACUGUGUGAUGCCAACAACAGCUCCGAUUGCACCAUAUUCACCUUCAGCUCUGGAGUCAAUGCCAUCCAAGAGUGGUAUCGUCUGCACUAUAAUAACAUCUUGGCUAAGAUUUCCAUGGAAGACAAAAUCGCCAUGGGCUAUAAAGCUGAUGAGUUGAUAGUUACGUGCUUAUUCGAUGGACUGUCCUGUGAUGCUCGGAACUUCACUCUUUUCCACCACCCCUUGUAUGGAAACUGCUAUACCUUUAACAGUGCAGAGAGGGGAAAUUUACUUGUUUCUUCAAUGGGAGGAGCAGAAUAUGGGCUCAAGGUUGUCCUCUACAUUGACGAAGAUGAAUACAACCCUUACUUGUCCACAGCAGCAGGGGCCAAGAUACUGGUUCAUGACCAAGAUGAAUAUCCAUUUAUUGAAGAUUUGGGCACAGAACUUGAAACUGGUACAGAAACAUCAAUAGGGAUGCAACUGACUGAAUCUACAAAGCUGAGUGACCCAUACAGUGACUGCACCAUCGAUGGGAGUGAUAUCUCAGUUGAAAACCUGUAUAAUAAAAAAUAUACCCUCCAGAUCUGCCUGAACUCCUGCUUUCAGAGAGAGAUGGUUCGUUCAUGUGGCUGUGCUCAUUAUGAUCAACCCUUGCCCAAUGGUGCAAAGUAUUGCAACUAUGAAGAGUAUCCCAACUGGAUUUACUGCUACGUCAAACUAUAUAAACAAUUUGUGCAGGAGGAGCUCGGAUGCCAGAGCACAUGCCGUGAGUCCUGCAGUUUCAAGGAAUGGACACUAACACGGAGUCUGGCUAAGUGGCCCUCUUUAAACUCAGAGGAAUGGAUGCUGCGAGUUCUGUCUUGGGAACUGGGAGAGAAACUAAACAAAAAUCUUACCAAGAAUGACCUUGGAAAUCUUAAUAUAUUCUACCAGGACCUGAAUAGCAGAUCCAUAUCUGAAAGUCCUACAUACAAUAUUGUAACUCUACUCUCAAAUUUUGGAGGUCAGCUUGGCCUGUGGAUGAGCUGUUCCAUGGUCUGUGUGCUUGAGAUUGUUGAAGUUUUCUUCAUUGACUCAUUUUGGGUUAUCCUAAGACAAAAAUGGCACAAGUUGUGCAAUUGGUGGAAAAAUCGCAAAGAGAAUGAAAUAGAAGAAAUCCCUGAUAUUACUGUACCAGCCAUGGCUGGGCAUAACAAUCCACUGUGUGUUGACCACCCUAUCUGUCUUGGAGAAGAUGAUCCUCCUACAUUUCAUUCUGCUCUCCAGCUUCCCCAAGCCCAAGACUGUCGGGUACCAAGAACUCCACCACCAAAGUACAACACUUUACGGAUACAAUCUGCUUUUCAUUUGGAGACAAUUGACUCUGAUGAGGAUGUAGAAAGGUUUUAAGUAUUCACUUUCACUUCCAUGAAAAGAAGUUCAAUCUCUACAUUAGGAACUCCUACUGCCUAGACACUUUAUAAUAAUGAGUGUGGCACUUCCCACACUCAGCAAGACUUCAUCAAACUUUGCAGAGAUGGUCUUGCUGACGUGGUAUCUUUUGUUGCUUGAAUAUAUCUAAUAUCUAAGGCCUUGCUUAGAUAUCUAAGGCCUUGCUUAAGGUCCGUAUCCGUAUGUGCCACAACCAGACUGAAUUGAGAAGUCGCUGGUUGUAGAAAAUAUGGUCUGAUGUAAACAGGGAUGCCAUCGGGGGGGACAGAGGGGAGUUGUAGGGGGCCCCGUGGGCAAGGGGGGCCCGGCCACAGAACACUUACUUGAUUAGCCGGGCCCCCCCCGAGCUGCCGACUUCGGGAAGGCAGGGCGGGAGCACAAGGGGAGGUAUUUUCUGUCAAUUACUUUCCCUUAUUGGUCACAGAGUUUAAGUCCCGGUUGAGCUGCUCAGGGAUUGGAUAGCUGAGGUUUAAACUUCCCCUCCAGCUCAUCCAAUCACCAUGCAGCUUUACCGGGAUUUGAAAUUCUGUGACCAAUAAGGGAAGAAAAUGCUGUCACUGGAAGAAGAUGCAGUCAUCUGUGCUCCCCUCCUCCCUUCUGUAGUUGGCGGCUCACUUACAGCAGGUAAUGAAGUAAGUGCAACAUGGCAGGGCCCCCUAAAGGUAACCCUUUGUGAUCCCUGUUGUGUCGGGGGGCCCUGGGCACCAAUUGUUUUUUAAACUUCUGGGGGGGGCAAGUUUUUUUACAUGGACUUUAAGGGGGCCUUGGCCACCAAUGUUCUUAUAACAUGGGGGGGGCCCUGGCCACCAAUUUUUUUACCAUGUGGGCUCCUAGCCACCAAUAUUUUUUAAUGGGGGGCCCUGACCACAAAUGUUUUUUUUAAUGGGGCGGGCCCUGACCACAAAUGGUUUUUUAUAGAGGGCCCUGACCGAAAAUGUUUUUUUAUUGGGGGCCCUGGCCACAAAUGAUUUGUAUGGGGGCCCCUGACCACAAAUGUGGUUUUUUUUAUGGGCGCCCUGACCACAAUUUUUUUUUUUUAAUAAACAUGUGAGAACCCUAGCCACCAAUGUUUUUUUUUUGUUUACUGUGUGGUGGGGGUGGACCUGUGGGGUGGGCAGACCUGUAGGUGGGGCUUGCAGAAGGGGGAACACAGGUGGCCCAGGAAAUUUUGUCUUAUGGGGCCCUGUGAUUUCUGAUGGUGGCCCUGGAUGUAAAUAUGUCUCUGUAGUCUUUCUUCUGUUCACAAAUAUUUACCUUACCUUACUUUCCCCAUUGCGGUUGAUUGAAGGAUUUUUCAAAAGCUGUUCUUUACUAAAGGAUUCAGAUGCCCAUUACUUACUAGGUGACUCUUUCUCAUUGUUGUGUGUUAA